AUGGAUAUUGAUCUUCCGCAGCGUCAAACGCUCACUAUACGAAUGCUGGAAGUUGCUACGGCAUGGAUAAUAGCAUGCGCUGUGCACUCUCCACGUUGGUCAACGCGAACAUUUCCGGCAUCUGAAAAUAUUCGCCACGUGGAAUCCAGAAAUUCCCUGGAGAAGCAUUACGAAAUCGGCUCCGUGAUUGGACGAGGAAAUUUCUCACGCGUGUUCUUUGCUCUGAGACGGAAAGACGAGAAAAAAUGUGCGCUAAAAGAAGUAAUCAAACAACAACUACGCGGCAAAUGGUUCUUCAUCGAGAAUGAGGUCGAAAUUUUGCAAAUGUGUUCGCAUCCGAAUAUUUGUCGGAUCGUUGACGCGUUCAAGACGAACAGCAAGUACCUGUUGGUGUUCGAAUAUGCACAGAAUGGUGAUCUUUUCGAGUUGAUCCGUCGGGAUGGAAAGUUGGACGAAUGUGACGCAGCCGCAUACACUAAUCAGACAGCUUCAGCACUUGCUUAUCUUCAUGGACGAAAAAUCGUACAUCGUGAUGUGAAGGCAGAAAAUCUUCUACUUUACAAUAAUAAACAGGUUCGUCUUUGCGAUUUUGGCCUCGCAUGCACUAUUCUUGGCCCACUGUACAGAGUAUGCGGCACACCAAGCUAUUGUGCUCCGGAAGUACUGAAAGAAACAGGCUACGGUACCGCGGUGGAUGUGUGGUCAUUGGGUGUGAUGCUGCACAUAAUGCUCGUCGGUUUUGCCCCGUUCCGAGCCAGUGAACGCAGUCGGCUCUUCCGCCUGAUCACACAGGGUCGGCUGCACUUUGACUUGCCCGAGUGGAGGGAGGUGUCCACAAGCGGAAUAUCAAAGACAGCCACGCUGCAUUUCUUCUUGGCUCCACCACCCAAGUACACCUACAGCGAUUCGCCGGCUCUCGGUCAAAAAUCCACAGCAAAAGCAGCUGAAGCGAACGCGGACAGAGAUCUAAGAUCAGCAAUUUUGUCAACAUUGACGGAAAAUGGAAUACCGACCGACUCGGCCUCAUUGAGUUAUGAGUUCGUAGCUCCAAAACUCCUCUUAGCCGAAGGCAGCCAUUGUCAGAAAGGUGGCACUUACGUUGUUUACCAUGGAACAGUUAUGUACAAAUGUGUGGAGGAGGUGAUUGUAGCGAAAGCUCGAGGAAAACGAGAAGAUCCCUUAGAUCCAGAUGCAACAACAACAACAGAGGAAGCAGCAACGGGUGAGACCACAACAACAGCAGCAGCAACCACAGCAGCAGCGACAACAACAACAGCGGCAGCCACAACAGCAGCAGCAACAACAACAACAGCAGCAACAACAACAACAGCAGCAGCAACAACAGCAGCAGCAACAACAACAGCAGCCAGAACAACAGCAGCAGCAACUCCAACAGCAGCAGCAACAACAACAGCAGCAGCAACAACAACAGCAGCAACAACUACGACAACAACGAAAGAGAAAACAACAAGACCCGCUGCAGAAACUACCACCGACGCCGAGACGACACCGGAAUCAGAAUCGACCACGGAAACUACUACUAUGGAACCCGUUCCUGAUACCGAAAUAAGAUCCGAGCAAUAUGAAAUUUCCGGCUCGGUGGUGGUGGAAACACCACAGCCAAUUUUCGAAAGUCAAUGGAAUACGUUGGCUGAACAGAUCCAGAGGAAACUUCGAAAAUACCAUGUGCUUUUUACAGAAGAUAUCCAAGUCGAACUUGUCUAG